AUGUGCUGCCACGCGGGACUUGCUUUUCCAAUAGGCGGGGUUGAUACUUUUCUCAGGUCUAACCCCGCCAUAUUAGAGCCGCUUCCCCAGGAGCACUAUGGGGCCCGUUUUCUUAAUCCUUCUGCUCCCCGGCUUUGGGAGCUUGUCUCUGAUUUCAAUUCUCGUGUCCCUCGGGCUUGGGAGUAUUCGCUUGUCGCGAUAGUACCUACUAGAUCAUCGAAAGCGUAUGGAAAUAAUGUCAGGUUUUUAAAAGAUAUCUACCACACUGAAGAUAGCACAAGGAAGGGGAAAAAUCGGUGCGAGCUGAACAAUGAAAAGUUUAAAGUGGACAGUUUAAAGUGGUCUUUAGAAGAAGACAAAGCUUAA